AUGAGUUGGGGGUGUGGUUUGGAUGGUGUCAUGGCUUCCCCCGUCCACGAAGCUACAUCUCUAUUGAGCCGAGCGUGAAUUAAAUGUCCUUUAAUUUCGUAAAAUAAACACCAACAUUUGAAGGACUACACAUUCAAUACCUUAAUCAUGGGCACCGUCCACGCGAGGAGUCUUGACCCUCUGCCAAUGCAGGGACCUGAGUUGGGGGUUCAUGCGGAUGACAUCGAGACACCAGAAAUGGAGCAGGAAUCAAAACAAGAGGUUCUUGAAAACAAAGAUGUCAUAGUCCAGCAUGUUCACAUAGAUGGUCUGGGAAGAACCAAGGAGGAUUGCUUAACAUACGAGAUUGCUGGUGUCUUCAGAGCAAAGAACUUGAUUGACGUCAUGAAGAGAGCCCACGAAGCCAGACAGAAGCUCCUCCGUCUUGGUAUCUUCAGACAGGUGGAGGUUGUCAUUGAUACCUCACAAGGGGUGGAUGCGCUGCCUAACGGACUAGAUGUGACGUUUGAAGUGACUGAGCUGAGACGUAUGACUGGUAGCUAUAACACCAUGGUUGGAAAUAACGAAGGCAGCAUGGUUCUUGGUCUGAAGCUGCCCAAUGUUUUCGGUCGUGCGGAAAAGCUUACAUUCCAGUUCUCCUACGGCACCAAAGAGACUUCCUAUGGGCUGUCUUUCUUCAAGCCUCAACCUGGUCACUUUGAGCGCAAUUUCGCUGUUAACUUUUACAAAGUCACAGGCCAGUUUCCAUGGAGCUCGCUGAGGGAGACUGAUCGUGGCGUCUCCACAGAAUUCAGUUUCCCUCUUUGGAAGACGAACCACACCCUGAAGUGGGAGGGUGUGUGGCGAGAGCUGGGAUGUCUGGCACGUACCGCCUCGUUCGCAGUCCGGGAGGAGAGCGGCCACUCCCUCAAGUCAUCACUCUCGCAUGCCAUGGUCAUCGACACCAGAAACUCCACAAUCCUUCCCAGGAGGGGAGCCUUGCUGAAAAUCAACCAGGAGUUGGCUGGCUACACUGGAGGAGAUGCCAGUUUUCUGAAAGAGGACUUUGAGCUCCAAUUUAACAAACGUCUUUUCUGGGACUCGGUCCUGUCUGCAUCUCUCUGGGGCGGAUGCCUCCUGCCCAUUGGAGAUAAGCCAACUUGCAUUGCUGACAGGUUCUAUCUCGGUGGUCCUACUAGCGUCAGAGGAUUCAGUAUGUACAGCAUCGGCCCACAGAGUGAAGGUGACUACCUGGGAGGUGAGGUGUAUUGGGCUGGAGCCGUCCACCUGUAUACUCCUCUGCCCUUCCGUCCAGGCAAAGGGGGAUUCGGAGACCUCUUCAGGACCCACUUCUUCCUCAAUGCUGGGAACCUGUGUAACCUCAACUAUGGUGACGGGCCUCGAGCACACCUGAGUAAGCUGGCAGAGUGUAUCCGCUGGUCCUAUGGAACGGGAAUCGUGCUACGACUCGGAAACAUCGCCCGGCUGGAGCUCAACUACUGCAUUCCCAUGGGCGUCCAGAGUGGAGACAGGAUAUGCGACGGGGUCCAGUUUGGAGCUGGAAUCCGAUUUCUGUGAUGUCGUCCUGUUGUCUUGCUGCAUUGAAUUGUGGAACAAAGGAGUUUGUUUCGUUGGUUUUAGGAAGUGGGAGGUGAUCUAUAGGGGUCACUUUCAACACAGCGAAGGUUGCUGGGAAUUAAAUGUCUACUACAACCAAGCUAUUGUAAGUAAAAUGGACAGGGCAUCAAUGGGGAUUUUCCUCCAGUACUAAUGAAUGAUGAGAGCCUCCAGUGCUCAAGAUGUUAAAACUAGAGGCCUUCACGGGUUCAAAAAGUUGGACCUGUUCCGAAAUGGACCUGGGGCUUUCCCGUCUGGACCCAAUAUGCCUACAUUUAUUUGUUAAAUAUAGAGACCCGUUCCAAAUGGACACGAGGACAACUAGACCCAUUCUGCGUAGACCUGGUCGGAUCCAGUCCGGAUACGAGUGAGGGAAUUCACAUUAUAAAGUCAAUUUUUAAGCGACCGGAGGUGAUAAAGCGAGGGAGAGGUAGAGCUCUAGCAGGACUUGUCAGCUAGUGACACGGGGAGCAGGGAAGAGGGAGGGAGAGGUAGAGCUCUAGCAGGACGUGUCAGCUAGUGACACGGGGAGCAGGGAAGAGGGAGGGAGAGGUAGAGCUCUAGCAGGACUUGUCAGCUAGUGACACGGGGAAGAGGGAGGGAGAGGUAGAGCUCUAGCAGGACGUGUCAGCUAGUGACACGGGGAGCAGGGAAGAGGGAGGGAGAGGUAGAGCUCUAGCAGGACGUGUCAGCUAGUGACACGGGGAGCAGGGAAGAGGGAGGGAGAGACGAGAAACGGCAACCGACUAAGCCGACUCGCGCUAUGGUAGAGUGAAUAGCAGCCUAGCUAGCUGUGUUAUUCUCGUCCUACACAAUUAGAAACAACUUCAUUCAGAAUAUUAAGUAGCAGCCUACCUGUUGGCUCUUGUAGCUUAUCCCUCUCCUUUAACUUCCAUCAUUUUAAAUGAAAUAUUCCAUUGAUAUUUCCUAACUUUUGCCACACAUGAAGGCUCUAUGACUAUAGCCCAGCGUUUUCCAAACUCAGUUCCGGGGACCCUAAGCGGUGCACGUUUUGUUUGUUUGCCUUAGCACUACACAGCUGAUUCAAAUAAUCAAAGUUUUUAAUGAUGAGUUGAUUAUUUGAAUCAGCUGUGUAGUGCUAAGUCAAACAAGCAAAGUGUGUACUGCUUAGGGUCCCCGGGACUGAGUUUGGAAAACACUGUUCUAGCCUAUUGCUGCUUUGAUGACUUAUGAUUGGCCAACAACAAGCUAGACAUGCCACUCCUGUGAAACGAGGAGCAGCUUAAAUGAUAUGAUUUCUCUCUCUACUGCAGCAGAUCUGUACGGGUACUUCCGGACAAGUCGGUUUUGGUAUUUGGUAUUUUAUUAGGAUCCCCAUUAGCUGUUGCAAAAGCAGCAGUUACUCUUCCUGGGGUCCACAAAAAAACAUGAAACAUUAUACAGAACAUUAAUAGACGAGAACAGCUCAAGGAUAGAACUACAUACAUUAUUUUUUUUUAAAGGCACACGUAGACUACAUAUCAAUGCAUACACACAAACUAUCUAGGUCUAAUAGGAGAGAGGCGUGCCGGGUUGCUUUAUCUGUUUCUUGAAACCAGGUUUGCGUGUUUAUUUGGUCGUUAAAAUUACACAUACCCGUGACAAUCAUAUCAGAUCCGACCCAGACCUGUGACAUUAUUUAGAAUUCUGGAUCCGAACCCUCUCGGGUAUUCGGUUACAGGUGGAUCUGUGAAGACCUCUAGUGGAAACCUAAGAAAGGCAGACAUCAACCAUGAGUCAAAUAUGUCAAUGUGGUCUAAAUUAUUAUGCUGAUUUAAUACAUGUUAUCAUCUACAGUUAUUAAAGAUACACUGAGUCUCUAUAGCA